ACUGAUUGGUCUGAUCCGGACGAUCCUAGCCCUUGGUAUAGCCUGCGCGAUACUCGUCAACGUGUUGAUGACCUAACGCCUGCAAAACGUGCUGGCGACUAUUACAUGUUCGAGUAUGAUCCAUCGCAGGACGCACUCGAUGAACCGGUGGAAACAUUUGUUCCUGAAGUGUCACCUGGAGCUGGAGAUUUUGACAAGUUAGACCCUGCUCAGUUGGUUCAUACGGCGGUGCAGCGAGAUCUUGAUUUGGCUGGGACACUGGAUGCAGUCGAAUCGGCCGAGCAGAUUAGUGACAAGGAAAAACGUAUGGCCAAAGCAGUUUCAGAUGAGAAAAGUGGAGCGGAAAAGAAGCAAACACCGGCUUAUUCGUCCAUCGAUGACGAACCGAGGCCUGGAAAUCAGAUCACAGCAGCGUUAUGUUUCGUUAAAAAGCUUCUUAUUUCUGCUGCCGAUUGGUCUGCUGCGUUCAUGAAUCGAAGAUCGCGAGAGCAUCGAUAUGUAGCCUAUGUGCUUGGCAAAGAAAAAGAAAAACUAAAAGAGAGGCUGAAGCAGCCGCUGGUGGACUCCUCUCGUCCAGUAAUGGAUGUUCGGCAAGAAUUUGUUCAACAGAAUUUGCAAUGCGUUUCUAGCACAAGUGAUAUUGAGCGGUAA